AUGGCAUCUCGACUCAUCCGCUUUCCAUGGCCCAUGAAUGUUGGGACCGAUAUCUGCCAGUUUGCAAAGGAGCAUGACACGCUUAAGCAGCAGGGUAAGGAGACCGAGGGGUUUGGUCAUGGUCAUAAACGGCUAGAACAAAAGUGGAAGGGUCAUGGUGUGGAUUUGGGAGAGGUAGCUGCUUUUAUGGCUGGGAGGUUCGCAGCAAAAGAAGCAGCUAUCAAAGCCCAUCCGCAUCGUCACUUGACCUUUCACGACAUCAUCGUCGCCAAGGCAGCGGAACUGAACCAGAUUGAGAGGGAACUAGCCGCCUCCUCCUCCUCCUCCUCCUCCUCCUCUUCUUCUUCUUCUUCUAAAACCUUCACCGGCUCAACAACCGGGCCCACCACCAAAGUAGAUCCCAAGAACAUCAUGCCCGAGGACCGACUCUUUGACCAACAGCUCGACACCAACAACAACAACAACAACAACAACAACAACAACAACAACAACAACAACAACAACAACAACAACAACAACAACAACAAGCAUCACCACGUCUUUGAAGGUUCCGCCCGUAGCCCAACCACCCCCGUGGAUACCCAAGACAUCAUGCCUGAGGAUCGAGUCUUUGACUAUAAGCUUGAAACCGACAAACCCAACGGGUCCGACAGAGCUCUUCGUCGUCGAAGCUUCACUGGCUCCCAAACUGGUCCUACUACGCCAGUCGACACCAAGGACAUCAUGCCGGAGGACAUGGUAUUUGAUUACCACCUGGAAACAGACAAGAGACCGUUUGAAGGGUCUACGACCGGUCCGACCACCCCCGUUGAUACAAAAGAUAUCAUGCCUGAGGAUCGAAUGUUUGAUUAUCACCUUGAGACAGACAAGCCUGAUACGACAACAGAGUCAAAUGAUAGCACGCUGGUGGGGAGGAGGGGGAGGACGACAACAGCACCGCAGGAAACACCUCCUGGUAGGGCGAGGUUGGGAAGUGGACCGCCUGUGGCUAUUAUCAGGGGGGUUAAGGGAGAUACUGAAAACCAUCAAGUGGCGCUGCUUAGUAUUAGCCAUGAUGGCAAUUAUGCUACAGCUACUUGUGUGGGGUUCGAUGCUGCGAGUAUGGUGAAGGGAGGGUUGGGGUGGAUGGUUUCGAGGUGAGGUGAGUGACGGUCAGAUGAACUGUGCCGUGUCCGAUCAUUCCACCUCCCCGUCAAAGGAAUUGGGAGGAAUGAAAGGUGGGUUGUAUUACUACUAUAUAUCAGGUUGGUGGCAUACAACAAAAAG